AUGUUAGAAAAAAAGUUUGCUGACAUUGACAAGAAAUUUGAGAAUGUUUUGAAGAAGAACAAGAGGAAGUUGGAAAAUGCUCAGAUAAAACCCAUACAUGACAAGUUCUUAUUUGCUCAGAAUGGUAUAACAGGUCUAAUCGCACCACCUGGGUCGGGCAAGACUUUCACUUAUCUUAAAAUGGCUGCACAACAACAAGAACUAGAUGAGAAGAACCCAUUCUAUGAGUUAGUUGUCAUUUGUAGUACUUCGGGUCAAUUUGACCAAACCGUCAAUUCGUUCAAAGGUAUUAUAAAGAAGUCUAAGUUAGUAUGUAUAAAAGACUCUGAGUUGUUAGAUUGGAUAAAGAAGUACCAAAGAAGAGUUUUGAAGUACAAUGCUAUAAAUGAGUAUAUAAAUUCGAAGUUUAAAGACCCAAAUGAGGAAAUGCAGAGAAUAUUAGAGAAGAAACACUUCAGAAACAAACAGAAAGAGAUAGAAUACAUUUCGAAGAAAUUGCAAUCGUACGAUUGGAAGACUUACCCUCAUAGAUGUCUUCUUAUCUUAGAUGACUUUGCUUCUCAUCCUUUGUUAAAGAACAGAGAACAAGACAUGUGUCGAAUUCUUAAGAAGCUCAGACACUUUAACAUUUCAGUUGUCAUUUGUGUACAGACAGCCAAGAGUUUAAGUAAGGAUGUAAAGAAAUACUUACUGAUAUCAUACUUUUCCCUGGAUUGUCCGAAGACGAUUUCAUGGAACUUAUGA